CAUGCUGUAAUUGAUCCUAUGAAAAAUAAGCUUAACCAUGGCAUCCUCCUUGAUCACUUUCAUAAUAUUGGGGUUGUGGCGGACCAUUAUUGUUCUUUCCUCUGCUUCAACUAUAAUAGGAACAAAAUUAUCACUAGAUUUAGAGGCAAAAGCUUUGCUCGAGAGUGGUUGGUGGAGUAGCUACAGCAACCUCAUCUCCAAUCGCUGCAAUUGGACAGGUAUAUCAUGCAACAACGAUGGAAGCAUCACCGACAUUUAUCCACCGCCUAACAUCGUUAAGGUUGGUGUUAAGUUUGGAAAAAUGAACUUCUCUUCCUUUCCGAACCUUGUUCAUCUUAAUCUUAAUGAUCAUGGUCUCAAUGGAAGCAUCCCGCCCGAAAUAGCUGCUCUAUCAAAACUCAAGAACCUCUACCUCAACUGGAAUUAUCUAACAGGUGAGUUACCUUCACUCGGAAACUUGAGCCAGUUAGAAGAGCUUGAUUUUUCCUAUAAUGAAAUCAGUGGUUCUAUUUCCCAGGAUCUUGGAAACUUGAAAAAUCUUGUUCUUUUAAGGUUGUGUUGGAAUAACCUUACUGGAUCAAUUCCAUCUGCCCUCGGCCUUUUGAGUAAUCUUACUCAUCUAGACAUGAGAUCUAAUCAGUUCUACAAUUACAUCCCUCCAGAAAUAGGGGAACUGAAGAACUUGAUUACUCUGGAUCUGUCUAACAACAAGCUAGUUGGUGUAAUUCCUUCCACUUUGGGCAAAUUGACCAAUAUGACCACUCUUGAUCUGUCCAACAAUAAGCUUGUUGGCUCAUUCCCUUCCACCUUGGGUCGGUUGACCAAGUUGACUUCUCUGGAUAUUUCCAACAAUAUGCUCGUUGGCUCAAUCUCUUCUACUCUAAGUCAAUUGAUUAUGUUAGAAACUCUGAAUUUGUCCAAUAAUACUCUCACUGGUCCUAUCUCUUUCAUCAGUCCAACGGUUUUGCGUUAUUUAGAUUUAUCCAACAAUAUGCUUGUUGGUUCAAUCCCUUCAUCUUUGCCUCUUUCUUUGAAUGUUUUGCACCUUCAAUCAAAUCUUUUAGAAGGUCCAAUACCUCAAGAAAUUGGGAAUUUAAGAGCACUUUAUUCAUUGGACCUCUCUAAAAACAAAUUGAAUGGACCGAUCCCGUCUCAAAUUGGCUACCUUGGAAGGCUAAUCUCUUUCAAUCUUAGUCAUAACUUUAUCAGCGGAGAGAUACCUUUACCCUUGCAGAAUUUAUCACAUGUGAAUAACUGGGACCUUAGCUACAAUAAGCUCUCGGGUAUUGCUCCAUUUUUCUUGAAGAGUAACAAUGGAAUGCAAAUAUCGAAAACUGGAAAUUUGUUCUCCGUAUUGAACUAUGAUGGAAGGAUAGCAUACGAAGACAUUAUUAAAGCGACAGAGGAUUUUAACAUUAGGUAUUGUAUUGGAAUUGGUGGUCAUGGAAGUGUUUACAAGGCAGAACUACCUAGUGGCAAAACAGUGGCCUUGAAGAAGCUUCAUCGUCUAAAUGCUGAGGAUCCCAAUUUUGACAAAAGUUUCAUGAAUGAAAUAAAGUUUUUAUCAGAAGUUUGUCAUCGAAAUAUUGUGAAGCUGCAUGGUUUCUGUGUACAUCAACGGAGCAUGUUUUUGAUAUAUGAAUACCUGGAAAGAGGCAGCUUGUGUAGUGUCCUAACAAAGGAUGUUGAAGCUAUAGAAUUGAAUUGGUCAAAAAGAGUUGACGUCGUCCAGGGGAUAGCACAUGCAUUGUCUUACUUGCAUAAUGAUUGCUCACUUCCAAUAGUCCAUCGAGAUCUGUCAAGUCACAACAUCUUGUUGAACUCAAACUUGGAGGCUUUUGUUGCCGACUUUGGAACUGCUAGAAUGUUAGAGCUUGAUUCAUCCAAUCAAACCAUUUUGGCCGGUACUUAUGGUUAUGUAGCUCCAGAGCUUGCUUACACAAUGACAGUAACUGAAAAAUGUGAUGUUUAUAGUUUUGGAGUAUUGGCUUUGGAAGUGUUGAUGGGAAGGCAUCCCCAAGAACUGUUAUCAUUGUUUCCAUCAAAUUCCCUUUUGCAAAAUAUAAUGUUAAGUGAUAUAUUGGACCCUCGUCUAUCAGCUCCAACAAGUCAUAUAGACACCCAAAAGAUUGUUCUUGUUGCCACACUAGCAUUCGCAUGCUUACCUAUGGAACCGAAGUCUCGACCAACGAUGAAACAAGUGUCCAAUGAGUUUCUUUAUUGCCAAAGAUCCUUGGCACAGCCUCUUGGAGAAAUAUCCUUGUUGCAACUUGUGGCUCCUAAAAUGGAUGUGGAAAGAGAACUAUGCAACUAAGUCACAAUAUCCCUCACAUGAUUUUGGCAAUUAGUUUUAUUGUUUUGUCUACUUAGAUCUCAUGUUGAUUAGCUGCAAUUUGAACAUUGAGAAUGCAUAUUA